ACUAAGCAGAGUGGCUAUUUCAUCAGAUAUUCGGCAGGCUUUUUUGCAAAUUUGCAAUGCGGAUAAGCACAAGGAUACAGUACGAUUUCUGUGGACAGACAGUGAUCCUCGUUUAGACUCAAAACCAAAACUUCUAAUUUAUCGUUUCAAGAGAUUACUCUUUGGACUUAACACUAGCCCUUUCCAACUAGCAGCCACCAUCAAACAUCACAUUGAAAAAUACAGAGAGGAAUAUCCCACGACUGUACAUCAUCUAGAUUCUUACAUGUACGUAGACGAUUGGAUAACAGGUCAAGAUACCCGAGAAGAGGCACUUAUAAUAUCCCGAAGUGCGAAGAAAAUCAUGAAGGAAGCUGGAAUGGAGAUGAGAAAAUGGAUUAGCAACGACUCCGCCUUGAUGAGUCAGUGGUCAGAAGAAGCCUUUGACACUUAUCCACUUGAUAUUCCUAUAAACUUAGGAACUAAUAAUGCUAAGGUAUUAGGCAUGACAUGGUAA